CCGUUCACACGGGUCGACCGUUUUUCAGGUACACAUCAGAGUAGCCGAAGAGGGGCUACUGUAGUCUCCCCGGCCGUACCAUUGGUUCUGCAGCCGCCGUGCGACCAACACCUCUUGCAUUUGCCUCCACCACAUGGGGUUCAUGAAGAACAAACCAUCCAGGAACCGGGCGGCUACAAUAGUCACCGCUACCAAUAGUCCAGGAACACAUCCAAGUCGCAUACCAAGCUUUGAUGCAGACAUUAGCUCACAGGAUCAUCCGAAUUACCCAACGAUGGGCCGAUGCCUCCAUCCAUUAUGUAAACCUGAUAAAAUAUAUCGCGAUCUGAAACGGAUAUCUCAUAUCGGUCCCUCCACCCGAGUGUUCUCCUGCCCUGGCCGGGCUCUCGCCGAGACAGUUCUAGUAGGAGGAACCUGGAAGGUUACACUUGGCCCUGGCCUUCUAGAAUGUAGCGGUGGACCAUAUUGGACAAUUCGACGUCAUAUUAUGUGCGUGUGUCACUGUAUUGUUUCGGAAUGUGGAGUUCAGUUGUCAACCUUUGGAGCUGGCGUGCAGGACAGUGAGUUUGAAUGUUUGAGAAAUCAAGGCUGUGAGGACUUGGUCAGCUUAUCAUUGACUAUUAUCUUCGCGCCGUGAAGGCUGAAAGUUCUGAAUAGCAAGUCAUCGAUAAUAGACGA